AUGCAAAUAAAAAAAAUUACCAAACAACCAAAAAAAAGCAAUAAACAAUCGGACUUCAAUGUUUCGGAUCAACAAAUCGAAAAAUGGGGAGCUCAUAUUUAUCAAAUCGACAAGUCUAUUCGAGACAUGAUAGAAAAUGCUCGAUUGUUUUAUGACGCUUGGCGUUGCGUGGUUUGCCUUGCACCAUCUGUUACUGCGUCUUGGAUUUCUCUGUAUAGGCAAUUUCCGACUGAAAAGAACCCUGCUGCUUCUCUUGGAACUUUGGUAGACUGGAAUAAGGCAUUAGAACGGCAGAGAAGAGAAGUUUUGCUAACUUUACAAAACUUUCAAAUAACAGUAUUAGCACCUUGCAAGGAAGUAAAGGCGCAUGUGAAAAAGGCCGUUGAAUUGAUAAAGCGAAGGGGUAGAAAAGUAAACGAGCUUGAGAAGAUCCAAAAGGAGUUACUAGUUGUUUAUGAGUUGCCAGAUCCGGAAACGAAGAAAUACAAGAUUAAAGCACUACAGGGUCAGCUAGUACGGGUCAACAACGAGCUAAAUGAGGUGCAAAAACACGUGACACUGUCGUUUCCUACAUUAAUUAAUAAAUGUCAAGUUUUUUUUGGUCAAUUGAUGCGACACUUUUUCUGUCUCCAGCUACAAAUGUUUCGGAAAAUGCACAAUAUAACUCGUCCAUGGGAUUGUUUUCAAGAUGAUAUACCGAAGACAUGGCUGGUCGAGUUUUCUUCCGUAUGUCAAGCAGCUGAAGAUAUUCCGCUAAUUUCUAUUGAAAACACUCGUUCUCCAGUCAAACUUCCUAAACCAUCAGAUGCUUUAUCUGAAGGUGAGUGGGAAGCCGGAAAGAUCGAAGCUAUGAAUGCUCUUUUCUCACAACAUCCUCAUCUUUCUCCUUCUCAAAGCAGUUUAUCCCCCACAUCUACUGCGAGCUCAUCUGUUGCUGCUUCCCCUAUUGACACGCAUGCUCCUUCAACUCCCGUGGUUUCAAGACCUCCUUCUAUGCAAAACUUGGCUUCUGCGCUUGAACCAGAAGAAGAGCCAAUGUCGCCUAGUCAAGCUCCUGUUUUGAGGACACCUAUGACACAGCAUCACGCAAAAACCAAUAACCAUAACACAAAUAAUAUGUACACCUCAGAAUGGUCAUAUUUAGCUUCUGGUACUGCUAAUGUUGUGUUUGAAUACAUCGGGAAAAACCUAUUCUUUCAAGAUAAAGUUAUCCGACUUCGUCGACGAGGUCAGACUAUUACGACGGAACAAGUUUAUGACUACUAUCAAAAUAUCGUAUAUCCUUUAUUUUCUGGGUUUGAGCAGUAUUUGCUAGAAAUAUUCCUUCAGCCAGUUACUAAGGAUUUUCUACUGGGUACUCAAAAUGCGUCAGGUAUUUAUCUAAAUUUAAAUGAAACGUCUUGCAUUUUAAUGCAAGAUCUGAAGGAAGGCAUGGAAAUGAAGCCUAAAUGGCUCACCCAGUCUCCAACUGCUCCAGACGACUGGGUUGUCUGCAGGACUUGUGCCAUGAGUCGAAUGCGAGGAAAAUCUAUUAGUUUUUGCCCGCUUCAACUUGACUUUUAUAAUUGGCCAAAAUUUCUUUCUGUGCUUCAGGGCAUGGUUGGUCCAGAGAUUGCUCUGACAUUGUUUCAGUCAGGAAUUUUAAAGAGACUACGUGACUUACAAGAAGAAUAUUCUCGUAAAGACGUUGCAUUAGCAAUGACUCUUCGAGAUGUGACGCUAUAUAUAGGUAAAAACAAAAUUACACUGUUAGACUUGGAUCCCAAAGAUAUGCAUACAAAGCUAGCAAAAUGGGAACGUGAUGAGCGAAAUCUUUUAGAUGGUGGAUGGUAUUAUGGACGUGGAAUGAAAUCUACCGACCAGGCAUGUCGCAGUGUCUAA